GAUGUUAAAUCGGAGAAAGAAUCAAAAGAGGAGCGUCGUAAAAGGAGGAAAACGAGAUGGGUUCAGCUGCAGAUUGAGGAAAUCAGCAGGAAACUAAGGACCGGAGAUCUGGGGAUUCCACUUAAUCCUGAGGAAAGAUCACCCUCACCUGAGCCUAUUUACAGUAGUGACGGUAAACGGUUGAAUACCAGAGAGUAUCGUACAAGACGUAAAUUGGAAGAAGAACGACAUAAUCUUAUUCAGAAGAUAUUAAAAAUAAAUCCUGACUUUAAGCCUCCGCCAGAUUACAAGCCUCCAAUAAUUCGUGUUCAUGAUAAAGUUAUGAUACCACAAGAAGAGCAUCCGGAUAUUAAUUUUGUAGGACUGCUUAUUGGACCACGUGGAAACACUUUGAAAUCUAUGGAAAAAGAAACCGGUGCUAAAAUUAUUAUCCGAGGUAAAGGAUCCGUGAAAGAAGGCAAAGUUGGCAGAAAAGAUGGACAGCCUCUGCCAGGUGAAGAUGAACCUUUGCAUGCAUAUAUUACUGCCAAUAAUUUGGAAGCUGUUAAGAAAGCAGUUGAACGAAUCCAUGAAAUAAUUAGACAGGGUGUUGAAGUACCCGAAGGACAAAAUGAUUUGAGACGUAAUCAAUUACGUGAAUUAGCAUUAUUAAAUGGAACUUUGCGUGAGAACGAUGGUCCACGCUGUACGAAUUGCGGAGCUUCCGAUCAUAAAUCAUGGCUGUGCCCUGAUAAACCAAAUGUUACAAACAACAUCGUGUGUUCAAGUUGUGGUGGUGCUGGUCAUAUUGCACGUGAUUGUCGAUCGAAGCGUCCAGGUCAAGGUGGACCAGCAGCCGCAGGAAUGACCGGAAUGGGUCCAGCUGGAGACAAAGCCAAGAUCGAUGAAGAAUAUAUGUCGCUUAUGGCUGAAUUAGGUGAAGGUCCACCACCGGAUCGGUCUAAAUCAACACCACGGACUAAUGCGACCGCGAAUCCCAAUUAUCCGGGAUUAUUCGAUCGUCAACAAACACCAAGAGCUCUGAUGGCGUCACCAGCGCAUCCACCACCGCAAAUGAUGCAAGGUGGGCCACCACCGAUGAUGCCACCGCCUGGUAUGGCUCCACCACCUUGGACUCCUCAAGGGGAUCCUAACGGAAUGAACGGAAUGAAUAUGCAAUGGCAACAACAGCCAGUCAGCAUGCCUCCGCCGCCAGGUGUUAUGCAGCCACCACCUCCACCACCAGGAUCUGCGCCAACUCAGACAAAUAUUCCACCGCUGAUGCCAUGGAUGACUGGAAACAAUCAGCCUCCUCCACCGGGACAAAUGCCGCCAACGCAAAUGCCCCCACCGGGUAUGGGAAUCCCGCCUUGGCAGCAGGCUCAGCAAGCAGCCAUGAGACCACCACCUCCAGGCACUGCUCCUCCUCCUGGUUAUCCAGGUUGGCAACAGCCUCCCAUGGGCAGUUGGCCUCCGGCUGCACCCGUCCCACCACCACCGCAGCCGCAACAAAACCCGGCGCCCCCGGGCAUCGAUCUUAAUUCAUUACCAACUCUUUUGGCUCAGCCACCACCACCUCCACCGCCAACUAGUUAG